AUGGGUGAGAGCACGUCAGUUUAUCUGCUGGGGAACCCAUGGCCAACAUUUCGAGCUGGAGGAAGGCAAGGCACCGAUGUGUCGAAAUAUCUAGUCGACGUUCGAGACGAUGGCGAUCCGUCAUUCACGUUCCGCUCCAUGGUGCUUGGCUCUCUCUUCACCGCGCUGUCAAGCGUCAUAACGAUGCUGUACCAGUUCAAGCCAGUGCAGAUUCAGGUAUCAGCUGUGUUUCUGCAGUUGCUGGUCUUCGUCUUCGGCGAGGCCUGGGCGCGCUUCACUCCUUCACCAGACCGGGUACCUGGGAGAUGGCUACAAACUGUCUUUCGUUUCCUCAACUUUGGACAGCCAUUUGGUAUCAAAGAGCACGUUGUCGCCGCGCUCAUUGCAUCAUCCGGGAACAAUGGCCUUUCUGGUGUGGACAUCUACGCGGUCGAACGACUCUUCUACAACAAGUCUGUCACGGCCUCAACGGCUGUUCUAGCAACAUUCUCGAUCUCUCUAUGUGGGUUUGUGCUGGCUGGAGUCUUGCGUCCCUUGAUCGUGUACCCGGCCGAAAUGGUCUACUGGUCCACGUUGCCUCAAGUCAUUCUUUACCAGAAGCUUCACCUUGACCGAAAGGCUAAUCGUGAUCGACUGGCCAAGUUUGGUUGGGCACUGGCAUUGGCUGCGAUCUGGGAGUUCUUCCCUGCUUACAUGGUCACCUGGUUCGGAGGCUUGUCUGUGUUCUGUCUGGCUUCAUUGAAUGCACCCAAGAAGACUCGCACCAUCUUCACGACUAUCUUCGGCGGCGCUUCUUCGAACGAAGGCAUGGGUCUUCUCAACUUCUCGCUGGACUGGCAGUACAUCCAAAGCCAGUAUCUCAGCUACCCGUUGAAGCAGCAGAUCAAUGCCUGGAUUGGAUUCGCCAUCUUCUAUGUGGUCAUGGCUAGCCUAUACUAUGGCAAUGCAUGGAACGCCAAGACCUUCCCCUUUAUGUCCACCUCGCUAUACAAAGCGGACGGCACCAAGUUCUCCAUCACAUCGGUCCUCAAUAGUCAGGGCACCAUCGACUACGAGAAGCUCGGCGAAAUCGGCUUGCCGCACCUCACUUCGAGUACAGUCUGGGGCUUUAUCACCCAAAAUCUGGCGAUCGGGGCCCUCAUCACUCAUGUUGUCAUCUUCUUCGGCAAAGACAUGGUCCAGGCAUGGAAACAAGCACUCACCCGGACACAGCCCGACCCGCACUACCAGGCUAUGCUCAAGUACAAGGAGGUCCCAAUGUGGUGGUAUCUCGCAACGUUUGUCCUCUGCUUCUUCGCUGGACUCAUUGUGAAUCUAAAGGGCGACACAACACUCUCCGCAUGGGCAUACAUAGUCUCUCUGCUGCUGGGUGCGUUCAUCGCGCCGUUCUCCUGCAUUCUCUACGGUCUGUAUGGCACUGGCGUCUCGACUAACCAGCUGUCGAAAAUGGUAGCUGGAGCUGUCCAGCCUGGCAAACCCUUGGCUGGGCUGUACUUCGCCAGCUGGUCUCAUCAGGUCAUUCUGCUUGCUGUGAACUUGGCCAACUGGUUGAAAGUUGGUCAGUACACAAAGAUACCACCUCGCGUGAUGUUCUGGACGCAGAUCUACGCAACGUUACUGGGCGCGGCCUUCAACUACGUCGUGAUGACCGUCAUAGUCAACGCAAAAAGGACGAUUCUGCUAGACCCUCAAGGCGACAAUGUCUGGAGCGGUGCCUGGAUGCAGAGUCUCAACAGCCAGGCGAUAACGUGGGCGCUUGCUAAGGAAGUGUACGGCACCGCUGGGCAAUAUCUUAUCGUCCCAAUGGGUCUCAUUAUUGGACUGGCCGUGCCUGUGAUCCACUGGGUACUUCUCAAGUUCAUUCCUCGUCUUAGUCGAUGGCCUCUGAACACCGCAAUCAUCGCGUCCAACGCCGGACAGUACUACUAUGGAAAUACAUCGUUCGUGUGGUCCACGAUUGCGGUCGGCGUAUUCUCACAGGUCUGGCUCAGAAGGAAAAGGCCAGACAUCUACAACAAGUACAACUACCUCAUCGGCGCUGCCCUGGACGGUGGAUCGCAAAUUGUCGUCUUCGUGUUGUCUUUUGCAGUCUUCGGAGCCAGUGGGAAGAGCCAUCCGUUUCCCACUUGGUGGGGAAAUCCCUCUGGCAACCCUGACCAUUGUUUGUAG